GCUAUCUAUAUAUAUAUAAAAUAUACAGUGAGCGUGUUUGACAUUCGUUUCACAUUGUGUUUUAAAUCUUUAGAUUUGUACAUAGCUAUCUCGUUAAUACUGAUUAAUACGAAAUAAAAUGUGAUCUGGUUUUCUUACAUGACUCAUAUUGUAAACUUAAAGUGUUUCGAAAUCGAUGAUCAACAUUCGCUAGUAAAAAAAAACAAAAUGCGUAGCAGAAGCAAUUCCGGUGUCCGUUUGGACUACUACCAAAGGAUUGUUCACAAAAUAAUCAUGAAUUAUCAGAAUCCUGUUACUGGACUCUUUCCUGCAAGUCCCGAUAAUGAUCACGCCUGGAUACGCGACAAUGUUUAUUGUAUACUUGCUGUAUGGGGUCUGUCAAUGGCCUAUAAAAAGAUAGCAGAUGCUGAUGAAGAUAGAGCAAAGACUUACGAGCUCGAACAAAGCUGCGUCAAGUUAAUGAGAGGUCUGUUGAUGGCAAUGAUGCAACAGAAAGAAAAAGUAGAGAAGUUCAAGUCCAGUCAAAAUCCACAUGAUGCCUUGCAUGCAAAGUAUAGCUCUGUUAAUGGUCAAUCGGUAGUUGGAGAUACAGAAUGGGGACAUCUUCAAAUCGAUGCAAUUUCUCUUUAUCUUUUAAUUCUGGCCCAAAUGACAGCUUCUGGCUUACAGAUUGUUUUCAAUUUGGAUGAGGUGGCCUUUAUUCAGAAUUUGGUAUUUUACAUUGAAUCCGCUUAUUGCACGCCAGAUUAUGGGAUUUGGGAAAGAGGGGAUAAAACUAAUCACGGCUUGCCAGAAUUAAAUGCAAGCAGUAUUGGUAUGGCCAAAGCUGCCAUGGAAGCAAUGAAUGAAUUGGAUUUAUUUAGCGCAAGAGGUGGACCUACAUCGGUCAUUCAUGUUUUGGCUGAUGAAGCACAAAAAUGUCAAGCAGUGUUACAAUCCAUGUUGCCUAGAGAAUCAAAUUCUAAAGAAUUGGACAGUGGUUUAUUGUCGAUAAUAAGUUUUCCUGCGUUUGCAGUAGAUGAACCUAAUUUAAUUCAUGAAACACGAGACGCCAUUACUAAGAAAUUGCAAGGUCGAUAUGGUUGUAAAAGAUUUUUAAGGGAUGGAUAUAAAACGCCAAAGGAGGAUGCAAACAGAUUGUAUUACGAACCAUGGGAGCUUCGUAUGUUUGAGAAUAUUGAAUGUGAAUGGCCACUUUUCUUCUGUUACUUGAUAUUGGACUACUGUUUCCAAGGCAAUAAAGAAGCUGUUGAGACAUACACUAAGCAAUUGGAGGAUGUAAUGAUUAAAACAGAUGAUGGUAUGAAAUUGGUGCCUGAGUUAUAUUCUGUUGCAUCUAAGGAUGUAUCAGCAGAGUAUGCUGAACCUGGUAGUCAGAACCGAAUAGCUUUAGGCAAAUGCCCAUUUAUGUGGGCACAAUCUCUUUAUAUUCUAGGAAAAUUGCUGCAAGAAGGAUUUCUUGCAGUUGGAGAGUUGGAUCCAUUAAAUAGGCGAUUGUGCAGUGAAAAAAAGCCGGAUGUAGUGGUGCAAGUAGUUAUCUUGGCAGAAGACGCAGAAAUCAGGGAAAAAAUUGCACAGCAUGAUAUUCAUGUGCAAACAAUUGCAGAGGUUGCGCCGAUUGAAGUACAGCCUGCUAAAGUGCUGAGUCAUCUAUACACAUAUUUAGGACGCAACAAGAAACUGGGCUUGUGUGGACGUAAAUCAAGAGAUGUAGGAAUCCUCAGCACUAGUAAACUAUAUUCCUUGCACGAUAAGAUAUUUGCGUUCACGCCUCAGUUGACAGAUAUGACCCGCUUCUACAUCGCAUCGGACUAUGAGCUCAUGAUUGACAUAUUCAAAGGUGAAAUUAAUUUCUUGAAGUCUAGUUGGCAGAAUAUGUUGGGCCGGCCUCUCGUGGUCAUGCCCCUCAAGAAUAUUCAUCUAGAUCAGGGUAAGAUACCGUUAGCGAUGAUAACUACUAUGAAGAAACUCAAGAGCGGCUACAUCAACGGUACAAGAGUAUCAUUGGGAAAUUUGAAUGAUUUCUUAAGCACCUCAUGUAUCACGAAUCUUAGUUUCCUGGGAAGUUCCGAAGAUGGUCGUCCUGAUAAACUAAAUCCUCAGAUUCAACAAUAUUUGGAGGAACAUCUAAUGAGGCCAUUCCCUCAUCGUACAGGACUUCUCAAUAAGCCCGGUCCAAUUCGUACAGGCAAAAAUCUACGGCGCAAAAUGUCGGUAAAAGGCGCAAUAAAAAAGACGCGAUCCAUAGCUGUCGAACCCGAAAUUCUUGGGAUGGCAGGGGAAGACCGUAGAUGUUCUACUAUUUUAACUUCAAAUCCAUUUAUUGAAGACCGUAGACCUUCUACUAUUUUAACUUCAAAUCCAUUUAUUGAAGACCGUAGACCUUCUACUAUUUUAACUUCAAAUCCAUUUAUUGAAGUAACAGACACCACAUUGUCUCUCAAUUCUACUCAACCGACGACAGUUGAGCGCACGCCAUCGCCAACGGAUGAGCUAUUAUCAUGGAGAAAUUCUUCUAAAACUAAACAUAAAACAACAUCCGAAACCCAGUACGCUGAAACCGAGGUGGAGGAAUUACUAUCUAUGCUUCGUGAAACAGAAAGUCUUGAAGAGCAAGGAGAUAUCUUGCAAUAUCUUGUAGACUCAAAAGGAUUAUACUUUGAUACGGGUGUAAUGGAAGAAGGUCAUCCCGUUUUGGUGAAGGAUUUGUUGAAGAGUCUUUACGAAAAAGUAUGUCAACAGAAAAUGUGGGGUAUCGUGCGACACAGCGCCGGCAUGUUAGGUAAAAGAGUGGAGGACUUAGCAAAGGCGGUUACCGAUUUGCUAGUACGUCAAAAGCAAGUCACUGUCGGUAUGCCACCAAACAACGAGCAUACCAUUGUCGCGCCUUUGCCAGAGAAUGAAUUACGAGCUCUGAUCCAUCAGGCGUAUGGCGAUGACGAAUCAACCGCCAUGCUGACUGAAGAAUUGCUCGUUUAUUUAGCGAUGUUUAUUAGAACGGAGCCGCAAUUAUUUCACGAGAUGCUAAGAUUGCGAGUCGGUCUGAUCAUUCAAGUUAUGGCAACGGAACUGUCACGAACGUUAAUCUGCACGGGCGAAGAAGCUUCCGAGCACUUGUUAAAUUUAUCCCCUUUCGAGAUGAAAAACUUACUACAUCAUAUUAUGAGCGGGAAAGAGUUUGCUAUUAGUAGUGUUGGACGGGGCAACUUUUCUGUCAUCAGUUGCAAAUCGAGCAGACUCAGUAAGAAAUCUCAAAUUGGUGGUUUCUUAAGUGCUGAACAAAAUGCCGAUAGUACCGAAGGAGAAGUCGAUCGACAAGGUCAAUGGUUACGGAGGCGACGCUUAGAUGGUGCAUUGAACAGAGUACCAAGAGAUUUCUAUCCACGUGUAUGGCAAGUACUUGAAAAGUGUAAUGGUCUAGCAAUCGAGGGAAGAAUGCUGCCUCAGAAUCUCACGCAAGAAAUGACAUCUGGCGAGUUGAAAUUUGCUUUGGCUGUAGAAACUGUAUUGAAUACUAUACCACAACCAGAAUAUCGUCAGCUUGUUGUCGAAGCUCUGAUGGUGCUGACACUAGUAACCGAAUAUAAUGUUGUACCAUCUUUAGGUGGUCUGAUUGAGGUUGAAAAUUUAGUGCAUAAAGCAAAUGCUAUUUUCUUGGAAGAUCAGAUGGCUAUUGAUGGCGAUGCAACUUUAUGUUGUGCAAAACCAAAGGAACAACGUGAAAUGACAGCUUUGGGAACACUCCUCUGUGGUGGAGCAGCAUAUAUUUGUCAACACUUUUAUGAUAGUGCCCCCAGUGGAAGUUAUGGAACAAUGACGUACAUUACGAGAGCCAUCGCAGUAAUGCUUGAUUGUUUGCCGAAGGAUGGCGAUUUGGAGUGUUCAAUAUCGUAGCAAAUAUUAUUUUAGUGAUAAAUGAUCUUUAAUUGUAGCAAAGAAUGUCAAUAUAAAUAUCUUAGAUAAA